CAGCUAAUACGGGCAUGAACUCGCCUACAGUUUGGCCCCAUCAGAGGAUACACAAGGAGGAUUAGACGACUAUAGUCUUCAUGACUUCUAUUAACGCAAGUCGCCAGGAUGACUGUCCAAACCGCGUUGAUGUGGCACGACAUGCCAACGCCGUAACGCCCCAGAGGGUUCCGGUGUCGAUCGAUGUCUGGAUAGAGUAUAGCGACUUGGAGGUCGACGUGUAAGAGAGAUGAACUUGUUGAGGGGAGGAAUUUGCGGGAGUUGGAGGCUGGUUGUCGAAGUCUAUUUCGGGAAACAGAGUGUUGGCUCGUCAAGUUCAACAAGAGAAACUGGGUGUCAAUAUGAGAGGUGAAAAAGUAUAAAGAGAGGUCGAAGAACCGUCAUAAUCGAACUUUCUUUUCUGCAUCAUCAUCAACACAUUCAACAACAUUCCAAUACAUUCCAACCUCUCCAACUCUUCACAACAAUCACUCAAGACUUCUCAGUCACUUUCAAACAAACAACCUUCAAAAUGCAGUUCAAGUCCGCCGCCAUCUCCGCCAUCGCCCUUCUCUUCGCCGGCCAGGCUAUGGGUGCCGCUCUCAUCGCCACCGACCCUGUCGCUGCCUGCAACUGCCCCAACAACUGCUCCCACGGCAACGGCUCUAGCUGCAAGUACCGUGCCGGUCCUUCCGACUCUUCUUCGGUCGUUUCCGGAAGUGAGUGAUACCUACUACCGACAUCUCAACCAUGACAAUUUGCUAACAAUCUCUCCAGAGUGCACUCCCGAGAACGGUGGCACCCUCACCUGCAUGCCCAACUAAGUGGUUUAAACCACUAUUGGUCAUCACGAGUGGGAUGAUAAAAUGAUAGAGUGAUGUUGAUAGAUAAAGGGGUUGGAAUAGACGGAAAAUUCGGGAGUGUCUACUCAUGAGCAAUUAUGGAUAGCUUCCCGCCACAGUCGCUACUGAUAUCUUUCUCUUUUUGGGGUACUUAGUUUGCUAGGUAUUCAUUCAAUUGCAUUUACCUUGGCCAAUAACUUAUGAGCUUUUUGGAAUUUGUGAAUUUGUGAAAUGAGAAAUUGUGACUAGGUAUUGACAGGCAGUUUCUUGCCACUCAAUCACUAUUAAAUUUCUCGGGAUGUUUAAAGAGAAUCGAAGUCGGAUGAAGUUGAAAAAUUGCAACAUCAGAUGCAACAUCAGACGAGAGGUUGGGCAGUAACGAAUAUAGCUUCAUGAUUUCCUGAUGUGGAAAGUGGAGAAAUUAACUCUUGUUGCAAUAAUCAAACUUGUCUUUGUUAAAGGGUAGUAUUUAAGCAUCGCCGUAAGGUAAUAUUGAGCUUUAAAUGGACUUCAAAAUAACGCUGUUUUGUAUGAGAACUUUGCAGAUAAUAUUUAAUGUUGAACCUUUGAGUUUACUUGAGUUGAAG